CACCAACUCUCAAACGUCCCCACUCCGCAAACCCUCUUCCUAUUUCCGCACCCAAAUUCUUGCUUCGGCGCCCCCGUCUCCUCAGAACGGCACGCCUCACUGCCGCUCCGCGACCCUUUCCAGCCAGCGCGCGCUGAUUGGCCAAGCCGUCUUUCCGGAUUCGGCAAUGACGGACAAAGCAAGUGGCUCGGUUGGGGGGCCUAGGCGUAGGAGUGGCGCUAGGAUGACGUACGGGGGGUGCGAAGGUACGGGGUGGAACUUGUUUAUAUAGGCUGGGUGCGUGCUGGUGCGGGUGUUGCAGGUGUCUAUCUAUAACUCGACGAGGAUUUUACUGCUUGCGAAGCCACGCACGCCUUUUGGAACUGCGAAUUAAUCGCAAAAAAACGAGGCGCCUGUGUUGAUCGAUCGAAAGGAUACAAAAAAGAGGAGAAAAGAAAAAACACGCGGGGUAGAAGGAAGCUAUGGAUCCAAGCCGCAGGACCUCAUCAUCGUCCGACAUGCUCCCGCCCUCCUCCUCCCGCCAACACUCCGACUCCUCCGUCUCCAAAUCCUCAUCAACACGACAUUCCUACGACGCAGCGUCGCCGCCGACAACGACAUCUGCAACAACGUCAACAACAACCGCCCCACACCAUCAAUCUAGACAGUCGUCAGGCGCGCAGGCCGACCGCGACUCGUCCAAGGCAGAAUACCCGCCGGGCAGCCCAUCAACGUACGACCCAGACACGCCACCGCCGUACACGGGGAAAGCGUUAGAAACGCAGAGCGGCGUGGGGGAAGAUAGCAGGAAUAGGAAGAGGGACUAUGCGCUCGAGAUGUCGCGGCUGAUUGGGAGGCAGCUGGUGAGGAGUUUGAAUGGCAAGGGUGGUGGUGGUGGUGGUGCGGCUGGGAGUUGAUGCUGAUGCGGGGGGAGGAGAGGAUGAGAAUACGGGAUUUCUCAUUACGAUGGGCUGAUCCCCCGUGAGGAAGAAAUAACGCAGCGGCUGAGAGACGGACGAGCAGGAAGGCCCGAUUGAUUCUCAGUACGCAGGCAUCUAGCCUGCAGGCCAUUACAAUUCAUGACAUGACAUGACAUGCCAAGCAACCCCGAGCAAGUUUUGAAGUGCAAUGCCCGAUUUAAACCCGUUCCCGGGGUUGUCGUGUAUGCGGUCCUACUUGUGUACCGAGAGAGGUAGUCUGGUAGCUAGCUGACGGGGAAACAAGAUGCGAG